AUGCCUCACUCCGAGGAAAAGAUCCGUAUCGCGAUCGCCGGUGGUGGCAUCGGUGGACUAUGUCUCGCUGUUGGUUUAAUGGACAAGCCCAACCUGGACGUACACAUUUACGAAGGUGUACCAAAGUAUACCGACAUUGGUGCUGGACUUGCGCUGCACAAAAACGCCAUCACAGCCAUGGACCUUAUUCACCCCGCAAUCAAAAAGACGUACUUCGCCAAAGCUCUCACCAUGGCUGGAGAAGAGGAUGAAGAGAUGGUUACCCAGGUCGUUCUUGUCAGCGGACCCAAUACCGGAGAGGUAGUCGCAGAGCUUGGUAAAGCAAAAGGUCGCAGGACAGUGGCGAGAGCGGACUUGCUUGAUGGUCUGUUGAGUUUAUUACCUAAGGAUCGUGUCACUUUUGGCAAGAAGCUGGACAGCAUCAACGAAGACGAGGCCAAUGGCAAGGUUACGCUCACAUUCAAGGAUGGUACGACAGCAGAGGCUGAUUGCCUGCUUGGUGCGGAUGGUGUUCACAGUGGCACUCGCAAGUUCCUUCUUGGAGCCGAUCACCCUGCCGUGCCGCCGAGAAACUCUGAUGGUUGGAGAGUACACUCACGCCAAGUGCCGAUGGAACUCGCUAUGAAAACCAUUGAUUCGAGAUGGAGGCGGACUGUGCCCAUUCUUUGCGGCAGUGAGGGCCACGUCAACAUGAUGCCUUUGCACAUGGGAAAGACACUGAGCAUUAUCUGUGUGACACGUACUGGUAUCGCGAGUGAUGGCAGUAUCGCUCCGUUCGAGAAGGAGCGCUUUGCAGACUAUCGUGAAGACGCAAAGGCUGCUGUGGAGCUUGUCGCCGAGGAUCCCAACAUCACUUGGGAGCUUCAGCAACAUGAUCCAGCACCUUACUAUAGUCGCCGCAAUAUCGCCAUGAUGGGAGAUGCAGCACACGCCUGCAUGCCGUUUGUCGGGCAAGGAGCCGCUCAAGCAAUCGAAGACGCCGCCGUAUUAACCGCACUCUUCCGCCGCGUAGAGUCGGUCUCGCAGGUAGAGAAGGCACUGGCAGCCUACGAUAAAGUACGCAGACCCCGCGCACAGACCGUUGUCACCAUGGGUCGCGACUUUGGCCGCUUGUACGAUUUUGCACUGGACGGUGUCAAAGACGAUCCGGUCAAGAUGAAGCAAUUCAUGGGCAAGGGCGCGGCGUUCACCAACAACGCCGAUCUCGAGAAGCAGAAUCAGGAUGCCGUGGAUGCGUUCGAGGCGUUGUUGUAAGAGGCUCGAGGAGUCUAGAGGAGGUUUCUUGUUUAGCUCGUAUGCACGACAUCUGGCGAUCACUCAGGCAGGGACUUGUUGAGACUUGCUAUUGUAGUGCUAAAGGGAGACUAGAGUAGACCGCAGGAUCAGACAUCGGUAGCCCGGCAGAGUCACAUUUAUGCUGUGCCAUCAUGAUCUCAACCAGCUUCAAACAUGUUUAUC